AUGAUCCCCGACGUGGGCGGUCACGGAGCCCUCAUCGAGCUCGGGCAGUUCAAACUGCAACCCACGAGAAAAUAUCACUACCGUUUCGCCGCUACGGGCUGUCCUUCUUACGAGAUCCGGGAGCAACCUAUGGGCGAUAUCGCCGCUGUAGGGUUCGAUCCGCAACAGAGAUCGAUAAUCGUUGGUAAAUCCGAGGGAGGCAUCAUUCAUCAGGAUCCCGAUUCAUCAGAGUCUAGGAUUCUUGACUUCCCGAGACCUACCGGCAUCAAAGUUCAAGAUUUCAGGACGGACUGCGUGACCGUCGGCGUCGCCUCCAGGAAUUCGGUCGCUGCUUUCCGCGGCGCGGAAAUUGUGGCCAAGGUCGAAACCCCAAAUGACAUCACGAGCUUUGAUCUCAGUCCGUAUAUUCAGUCGGAGCUACUGACCUGCUCUCGGAGAUCCGUAAUUUUGGGUGACGAAACUUUCGAGCUGAAAUUGAGGUCCAUUCCUGAAGAUGUCGUGUUUUUCACCCAUCCGAGGCACCUCGCCGUCGUGUACGCAAACUCCGUUAUUCAUUGUGAUGCUCGAACUCCGAAAACAACUUCGAAGAUCGCUGACACCGACUGCAUGAAUCUCUUGCCCAUGAACUGCUUCUCUUUUGCGAAGCUCAACUGCAAAAACGUCAAUCAACUGCUCGUUCUCAGCAUCGACAGUCUAUCGGUCUGGGAUGUUCGAUACUCAAUACAGCCCAUGGGAGUCUACAAUCAUUACGUACCGCGAGCCGGUCGAGCCUUCGGGAUGCAAACUCUCCAGACCGAAGACUCGCUGCUCGUUCUGGUGCAGUCGAACUCUAAGAGUACGCUCUUCGAGUUCGACCCUUCUUUCCCGAGUCCGAGCGCUAUGCUGCUCGGUCCCCAAAUGCAGUUCGGUUCGCCUCCGGACAUCGGCCUUCACUAUUGGGACCAGACCGGAAAGAAACUCCCUGACGAUAUCUGGAAGCGGUUGACGCAGCCCAUCGCAGGGAGUUGUAUCGUUCCCAGUCGUGACAACCCCGAUGAAUUCUCUCUGCACUCAUUCACCGAGACGGGCGACUGGUUCAAGCAGAGAAUUUUGCGGCGUCCAGAGGAUGACGAUUCGGUUGCUAUCGAGCGGACUUUCGCCUAUGGCUUAGACGAAAUUCCAAUGAACGCCGAUCAGCGAGCGGGAGUUGAGGACCAAGUGAAGAAACUCCUGAAAGACCACCCCACGAGCGCUCCGCUCAUGCUCGAUCCGACGGUUUCUCUCGGUCGUCUCAGAGUGAUUUGGGAAGACUAUUUCUUCGUCAACACCGGCUGCCCCGUUUGCUCCCCAGCAUGCCCCCCUUGGUUGGAUGGGAAUCCAUGCUUGAAUUGUGGCUUGGGUGAAGCAGCAAAGAUUCUGAACGACGCGUGGCUCGAAGGAGGCCUGAUGAGUAAGAACGAAGAGCUCACCGAAGAGGAAGAAAGUCGAUUUAGAGAACUGCUCAGUCAAAACGCGGGUGGAUACCAAGUUUCCGACUCCGUGAAAGCGGCUUGGGGCGAAGUAGAUUGGCGAGUCACCGGAGAAGCAGUAGCAGAUGUCACCCUAAACGACGCCGAUGCUCCGGGCGAAGCCGAGGAACAAGUCGACAUUUAUGAUGAUGAUGGAGAAUGA